ACGAUCCAUUAUAGUGAUUUUUUUUUUAAGCUUUUAAUGUAGUUCUUGCUGUUAAAACACCUAAGAUGUAUAUUUGCUUUUAUGAGGAUUCACAAAAAUGCUGUUUUCUGAUAUUGCUGAUAAGCAUGGCUGCAAAAUUACACUUAGUAUACUGACUGUAUUUAUACUGUCUGUUACAAAAAGCUAAUGAUAGCCAGCUGCUACUUUCAUAAUGGCUCUGGAAGCCAUUAUUGAUUGUGUCUCCUCUUGCACAGCCACAUGCAAUAUAGCUUAUGUAGAUUCUAAUGCCAAAUAUAUAAAGGGGAGCAAGCAUGGUACAGUUUUUAUACUUGACUAUAAUUUGUGAAUUAAAGAGAAAAUUUGAUAAACUCAAGAAUUAAAUGAUCAAGCUGAUGAACAUGUUUCAUAAAGGAAGUAUUUUCAGGUUUCACAGUCCUGAUUAAUUUGUAGCCAUGCCAGCAGCAAGAAGUUCCCUCUUCUCUCUUAGGGUCAGGCAAUCUCUUAUUUUGCCCUGUUAUUUUACUUUUGCCAAGUUCCUUACAUGUCUUCGACAACUUAAUAAUAGUUACUUAACACAUACAAGUAGAAUUUAUGUUAAAAGUAUGUAUUCAUCAUCUAUCCCAGUACUGCAAAUAAGAUGAUUUGUCCUGCCAGACUGAAAUUUAGUUUUGUGGCAGCGUAUAGGGGUGUACCUGGGGUACAAUGAGUUUUGCUGUUGUGGGAAACAUUGCAGAUAUUUGAAAUGCUGUUUAUAAAACACAACAUUUACUCAGAAGCUCUGUCUUAAAACAUGGAUCAUUAAUUAAAAUAAUAAAACAGAGAAACAAACUAAAUCUAUUUUUCUCUUUUGCAGAGAAGUAUUUCUGAAAAUUCUUUAGUUGCAAUGGAUUUCUCAGGACACAGAAGUAGAAUUAUAGAAAAUCCAACAGAAGCACUUUCAGUUGCAGUUGAGGAAGGAUUAGCCUGGCGGAGAAGAGGGUGCCUACGGCUCAACUCACAUUGUAGUCCUAUUGCCAUAUCUAACAUGGCUAUUCACAGAACUCAGUCAUGGUUUCAUCAUAAAAUCUCUAGAGAUGAAGCUCAGAGACUUAUUUUACAGCAUGGGCUUGUAGAUGGGGUAUUCUUGGUACGUGAUAGCCAAAGUAAUCCCAGAACAUUUGUAUUGUCAUUGAGUCAUGGAUUAAAAAUAAAGCAUUUUCAAAUUGUACCAGUAAGUAAAAUUUUCAGUUUUCAUUUACAAUUAUAAACCAAUACAAUCAAA